AUGGCCACUCCGUCAGUUAAAUUCCUAUGUAGCUACGGCGGCAAAAUCCUCCCCCGUUAUCCUGACGGCGUCCUCCGUUACAACGGCGGUCAUACUCGCGUCCUCUCCGUCGAUCAUUCCAUCUCUUUCUCAGAUUUACUAGUGAAGAUGGGAGAAAUGUGCGGAACAUCCGUGAGUUUAAGGUGUCAAUUGCCAAUGGAAGACUUGGAUGCAUUAGUUUCCGUGACCUGCGAUGAAGAUCUUUCUAACCUAAUGGAAGAAUAUGAUCACGCCGAGUCUUCGUCUAUGAAGAUCAGAGCAUUCUUAUCGCUUCAUAAACCUACAUCUCCUUCUCCUUCGACCACCGACUCCACCUCGCCUAGAUCUCCUUCAAAUAUGCAUGUUGGCACCUCCAGGUUUCCACCAGUGAGUUCUAGACGAUGCACACAUCAGACUCUGAUGCCGAAUGCUUAUUCUUCGUUCCACAAUAAAUCAGUCGGAAUUAGAGUUCCAUGCCAUGCACAUGUGAGCCCUGAUCGGAGUCAUAAUGGCAAUCACUGGUAA